AUGGAUCCUGAAUUCUCUCUCAACAGGUCUCAUGAAGUUCACGACAAACUAUUCUGCAAUGAAUCCAGCCCAAAUGUGUCCAUGCAGACUCUGAUCACCUCCUAUAUGUUAUGUGUGUUUGUGGGCUCGCUGUCAGUCUUAAUCAUGUGUGGAAACUGCCUUGUCAUAAUCUCGAUCAUGUAUUUCAAACAGCUUCACACUCCAACAAACUACCUCAUCCUCUCUCUGGCUGUGUCUGACCUGCUUGUUGGAGUUUUAGUUUUACCUUUUAGCAUCAUACUGUCUGUCAGCUCAUGCUGGCACCUCACAGGAUUCCUCUGUAAGAUCCGAGACCUCUUUGAUGCAUUUCUAUGUACAGCCUCCAUUCUGAAUUUGUGCUUUAUUUCUAUUGAGAGAUAUCAUGUGGUCUGUCAGCCUCUCACGUACAGAACUAAGAUAACUGCCAGGGUUACUGCCUUCAUGAUCCUGGUAAGCUGGGCUGGUCCUGCUCUUAUCGCAAUAAUUUCAACAGUUUUGAAGCUGAAACAGAGUGUCUCUAUCACCAGAUGUAACAUCUUCCAAAGCUCCAGGUCGGCCAUUAUAGGAGCUGUGUUUCUCUCUUUCAUUCCAGCAGUUGUAAUUUUCUCUGUCUACCUGAAGAUUUUGACGGUGGCACACAGACAGGCUCGCAGCAUCCAGAGUAGCAUAAAGUCUGGAGCAGCUGUGAGUAAGAAGGAGAAUAAGGCCACAAAAACUCUGGCUAUAGUUGUUGGAAUUUAUCUCAUGUGCUGGUCACCAUAUUUUCUUAGUAUGUCUUUUUAUUCUGUAAGUAGUGAUACAAUGCCAGUUCCCAUGAUUGAAGCUUUCAAGUGGCUUGGAUGGUCGAAUUCAAUGAUCAAUCCAUUUGUUUAUGGGUUUUUCUACAAGUGGUUCAGAUCAGCUUUCAGACUGAUCUUUUCUGGAAAGAUAUUUCAGGGUGAUUUCUCUGAUUCAAAGCUGUCUUGA